AUUUCCAAAUUUCAAAUAGAUCCACAAAUUUAUAUUCUGCAAAUUUAGCAAAUUUUCGAAAUUUCAAACUUUCCAUCCCAAUUUCAGAGAACCAAAAUCUCGCCACCUCUGGUUAUCCUAAAUCGAUUAAAAAAUUCACGUACUAUGUUGAUUAAUGUAAGUAAAAGAUUUCGAAGUUCAUAUUUCUGGAUCAUUGUAUAACAUCGUAUAACCUGUAAUUAUUUUUUUAAGUAUUGUUGCUAUUUUUCACGCGUUCGUUUCGGAUGAAAUAUCGACCUUUGUAAAAAUGCUUUAUUUAAAGGAUAGAAGGGUUAAUGAAAUGUGGAAUACUUUGCAAAGAAUAGGAGCUUAUUUUGAGCACAAUCUUGCAACAAACAUACAGGGUGUUUCGAUAAUUGCGCAUCGCAUCCUGUGCAUAUUUUUCACGAAUCCUAUGGAAAAUGCUUGUUUACGUUUAUAAUUAUUUAAAAAAACAUCAACGCGGAUUGUGAAAUCGUCUAAUAGAUUUGUGUAAUAUAAUUAUGAUUAAACAGAAAUUUUUAUUAUAUUUGUUCUUUAAAACGUAUAUUGAUUCAUUUCUUUUUUAUUCUUUAUAUCCAAAUCCAAAAUUUAUUUUUUAUGAUGUGAUACAUUGUGAUUUAAACAGAAGAAAGGAGAUUUAUUUGUGAAUUUGUUGAUUCAAUUAUGAAUUGUGCAGAAUUUUAAUGUACAGGAAAUUCAGACUAUUUUGGGAUGGUGCAGGUUCAUCUGUAACAGUUAAUCGAUAAUUGUGCAUCCUUGGAGUGUCAUAAAGAGAAACGAUUAUCUCUAUUAUAGAUUUUUGCCACUCGGUUACACCAUCGAUGGUGCGGUUAAAAAUACAAUGCAUGUCCCGUUUCUUUCAAAAUGUUUACAAAUAUUUACAUAAUAAUCUUUCAAAAUUUGGUGUAGUUAUAAUUCAAUUUUUCUGUGUAUUCAUCAUUUUUUAUUUAAUACAAAAUUAUUUUUUAAUGAAGUUUGUUAAGAUCAUAAAAUAAACCCAGCAUAGUGUUAAAUUAAAAUUAUAGUCAGAUGCAUGUACAAUAAAUAUUGAACAUGUUAAUGUACUAUUACACAAAAUAAAACCACAAGAUCAUUCCUCAAGAACCAAUUCUUUCACCUGAUCGCAUUUCUCGUUUCAAACUCAACGUGAUUUAAUUUCGAUUGCAACAGACGUCCAUUUCAUCGCGAACUGUUAAAACCUCUAACGAAGAAGAAUUACUACAUGAGGAGCUCAUCAUAAAAGAAGAAUCACAAGAAACUUUGAUGACCUACGACUGUAGUGAACAGUUCAAAGAGAAAAAUCUCCCACAAGACAUGCAGACACACGAGACUUCAGUUGAGAAAGAAUCAACCUCCAAAGAAUCUUCUAUUCCCUCUCCGAAGCAGAAGAUCGACUCCAAAAGCGACGAAGGAUCAACCCUAAUCGCCCACACGACCAAGAACCACAAAGGUUCCCGCAAACGCAAGCUCAACAGCGAGAAGUUCCUGUGCACCAUAUGUGGACUGCUCUGUUCUCGAAAGGAAACCUUGAAGGCCCACCACGUGCGCAAACACACUCAGAAUUACGAGUUCAGCUGCGAAGAUUGUGGCAAGGAGUUCAAGAUCAAAAGUGAUCUAGCAACGCACAUCAGACUGAAUCACCAGGAACUUCCGGUGGCGUGCAACGUGUGCGGUAAAAUGUGUCAGAACAGUAACAGUUUGUACACUCAUCAGAAGCACGCGCACUUUAAAGCGAAAUUCGAGUGUCCCGUGUGUCAUAGGAGGCUGGUGAGCAAGGAGAACUUGGAGCAGCACAUAAAGUCGCAGCACGAGAAGAGGAAGAAGUUCGUGUGCGAGUGUGGGAAGUCGUUCUUCGAGAGACACCAUUUCGAGAAACACAAGCUGGUGCACACGGGUGUGAAACCGUAUAGGUGUUCGGUGUGCUGCAAGGCGUUUAGCACACAUAGUAGUUUGAGUCAACAUUUGUUGCUGCAUACGGGGGAGAGGAUUUAUGAGUGCGAUGUCUGUAAGAAAUCGUUUGCGCAGAAGGCGGGACUUACGUUGCACAGGAAGAUACACUCGGAGAAACUGCCGCCGCUUCCGGCUAAGCGCAUCGAUCACAUUCUGAAGGAGUUCACGAAAGAGUGAAGGGAAGACUUUAUUGUCAUUUUUUAUAAUUAAUUGUUAUUUUGAUUAUAAUUAUUUUUGAUAGAUGAUUGUAAUUUUGAUUAUAA